AUGACGGACGCCAGCAACAGGAAAGAGGGCUUCAAAAAAUGCCGGAGCGCCACUUUCAGCAUCGAUGGCUACAGCUUCACCAUCGUUGCAAAUGAAGCUGGAGACAAGACUGCCAGACCACUUGCCCGCUUCUCCCGGUCUAAGUCGCAGAACUGCCUGUGGAACUCCUUCAUCGACGGGCUCACAGGGAAUGUCAAGGAGAAGCCACGGCCAACGAUUGUCCAUGACCCCCGACCACCCGAGGAAAUCCUAGCUGAUGAAUUGCCUCCGCUCGAUAGCCCAGAAGCCUUGGUGAAGACAUCCUUCAGGUUACGGUCUUUGGUCAAACAAUUAGAGAGAGGGGAGGCGUCAGUGGUAGAUCUUAAGAAGAAUUUGGAAUAUGCAGCCACAGUGCUUGAAUCUGUAUACAUUGAUGAAACCAGGCGACUCCUGGAUACGGAGGAUGAGCUCAGUGACAUUCAGUCAGAUGCGGUGCCUUCUGAAGUCCGAGACUGGCUGGCGUCCACCUUCACACGGCAGAUGGGGAUGAUGCUCAGAAGGAGCGAGGAGAAGCCGCGGUUCAAGAGCAUCGUCCAUGCAGUACAGGCGGGGAUAUUCGUGGAGAGAAUGUAUAGACGGACAUCAAACAUGGUUGGACUGAGCUACCCAGCAGCUGUUAUCGAAGCCUUAAAGGAUGUGGACAAGUGGUCCUUUGAUGUCUUUUCCCUCAAUGAAGCCAGUGGGGAUCAUGCACUGAAAUUCAUUUUCUAUGAAUUACUCACACGCUAUGAUCUGAUCAGCCGUUUCAAGAUCCCCAUUUCUGCACUGGUCUCAUUUGUGGAGGCCCUGGAAGUGGGAUACAGCAAGCAUAAAAAUCCUUACCACAACUUAAUGCAUGCUGCCGACGUCACACAGACCGUGCAUUACCUCCUCUAUAAGACCGGAGUAGCGAACUGGCUGACGGAGCUGGAGAUCUUUGCGAUCAUCUUCUCAGCUGCCAUCCAUGACUAUGAGCAUACCGGAACCACCAACAAUUUCCACAUUCAGACCCGGUCUGACCCAGCUAUUCUAUACAACGAUAGAUCUGUAUUGGAAAAUCACCAUUUAAGUGCAGCCUAUCGCCUUCUGCAAGAGGAUGAGGAAAUGAAUAUAUUGAUCAACCUCUCAAAGGAUGACUGGAGGGAGUUUCGGACUUUGGUAAUUGAGAUGGUGAUGGCCACGGAUAUGUCCUGUCAUUUCCAACAAAUCAAAGCGAUGAAGACUGCUCUCCAGCAGCCGGAAGCAAUUGAAAAACCGAAAGCAUUAUCCCUGAUGUUGCACACAGCAGACAUUAGCCAUCCAGCAAAAGCGUGGGAGCUCCAUCAUCGCUGGACGAUGUCACUCCUGGAGGAGUUCUUCAGACAGGGUGACAGAGAAGCAGAGCUGGGGCUGCCUUUUUCUCCUCUGUGUGACCGAAAGUCAACCAUGGUUGCUCAGUCACAAGUAGGUUUUAUUGAUUUCAUUGUGGAACCCACCUUCACUGUGCUCACGGACAUGACUGAAAAGAUCGUGAGUCCGUUAAUUGAUGAGACCUCCCAAACUGGUGGGACAGGACAGAGGCGAUCGAGUUUGAACAAUAUCAGUUCAGCAGGUGCAAAGCGGUCGGGUGUCAAGAGCACUGGCUCAGAAGGAAGUGCCCCAAUCAACAAUUCCGUCAUCCCUGUUGACUAUAAGAGUUUUAAAGCCACAUGGACUGAGGUGGUGCACAUCAACCGGGAGCGAUGGAGGGCCAAGGUGCCCAAAGAGGAGAAGGCCAAGAAGGAAGCAGAGGAAAAGGAUCGCCUGGCCGCAGAGGAGAAGCAAAAGGAGAUGGAAGCCAAAAGCCAGACUGAAGGCGCAGCUGGCAAAGCUGAGAAAAAGACGUCGGGGGAAGCUAAGAAUCAAGUCAGUGGAACCCGCACAAACAGAAGCGACAAGCCUCUGGGGAAGAAUUCCAAAGCUGAGAAGCCGUCAGGGGAAAAGCAACAGAAUGGUGACUUGAAAGAUGGUAAAAAUAAGACAGACAAGAAGGAUCAAUCAAAUGUCGGAAAUGAUGCAAAGAAAACAGAUGAUUCAGAAGAGUAAAAACACCUCAUAUACAAUCAAAGAGGCUGCCAAUGUCUUGCAUCAUUUUAGCUGAGCUUCUUCAUUCUCCUUCUUCCACAAAGACCCCUAUCUGGGGAAGGUGUACAACUUUCAAAAACAAGCCCCCACACUUGGCCUUCUCUCAUGCCAUCUCCUCCCAGGAGAUGACUCUCUGGGAGCUGGUUCGAGGUCUUAGAGCUCUGGGGGAUUUCCCCCCAAGCAAACAAAACAACUUCAGAUUUUUGCACAAACAGAAACAAAACAUGAAGGGACUUCCUCAAAAUCCUUUGCUAAUGCCCUGGCUUUCAAGGCACCUGUCUGGCCUGAUGAGAAUGGACAUCCUGGAUGUGCUGAGAGAGGCUUGAAAAAGCCACACACUCAGUAAUUGCCAUUUCAUUACUGUCAAUGCCAUUACUUUAAAUGUUGUUAUUUUUGCACUGGCUGCUGAUGGUGGAUACAGCCAUGCUGGCCUUCAUCACAGCUAAGAUGACGAUUCUAGUCUCUGGUUGUUCCUUUCCUGAGUCAGGAACAUUCUUUUUCUGCAGUUUCCUUUCAGACUUAAAAAUUGUUCUUAUGCUUUUCUUUCCAUUUAUACACUAUGAAAUUCUUUUUGUUUUAUAAAAAAGGAGAUUUUCCUAUAGGAAUCUUUGUUUGAUGCUUAAUUUAUCUGUGCAUUCAUUAACAUAUUCCUGAAUGUUUCAGCUGAUGACCACAUUGUUCAGGUGGGGAACUCAGUGUUUUCAUUGGGUAGUGUCCAUAACUAAGUGGUUACCGGAAUUUUGACUACUGGCUGGUCCUCUUCUUUUGGAUAUCUGUGGUUUGACUUGAUCGCUCUUCUUUCUCUUCUGCGAAGUACUGAGGGAAUUAGUAUCAGGGAGACAUGUCAGAUAAUUCUUUUCGUUUUAAUGAGCCUUUAGAAAUAUAAGAUAGGAGAUGAUUAAUAGCACAAAUCAAAAAUAAGAAUAGUAGGUAUCGCAUGGGAAGAGAAUAAAGAUACAGCCCCCUGAACCCAAGUCAAAAAUGGGAUCCAAUGGACUGCAAGUGAAGUAAUGUUAUGAGUCUAAAAGGUGUGGUUCCGAUGAAACUGAUUCUUAAAGUGUGGUUGUGGUUCACAAAGGAAUCUGUGAGUCCUUCCCAGGGGUAAAUCCCAUGAAUAUGCUAGAGUGGGAUUAGUGAGAGAAAGGAAGAUUGGAAUUAGGAAGAGGGAGAGCUAGUUGCUUGGCUUAAGUGUAUUACCCAUUGCAGAUUUAAUUUCUACAUUAAAAAAGCACAAAAAAUCCUCUCAUUCCUAAGGCAAAAUGUUGGUAUUUUUUCAGAUGGAAAGAAGGAGACUGUGUAUGUAGUCUACAAGGCCUUUUGCCCCCCUAAAAUAUUCCCCUACAGAAAGAUCUGAAGAACUCUGUUGUGUACAAUGCACAGUCAUGUACUGAUAUCUGAACCACGGUUCUUUGGUCAGCUUUAUAUUUUGCCUGGUAAUAUGUCUUUUUCUGUUGCUCCUCCUGCUUUCCUAAUAGUGAAAUAAUGUGGUCACAAAUUCAAAUCAGGGUCCUAGCAGGUGAAGUAAAUGAGUAAAGCAAGCCAUGUAAAAUCAGAAUUAUUGUGAUAAAUGGCAAUUCAUAAUAGGCCUUGGUAUCAACGAGACAGUAAGGAGCAGUAGCAACUGCGAGGAAUUGGAGAGGAUGUGUGCUGUUGGAAGGGGACAGUUGCUACUUAGCUACGGGAUUAGUGCUCCAAAGGAAUGGGGGUCCUAGAUAUCUAGGAUUUUAUCCAAACCCUCUACAAAUUUUUAAAUAUUGGCAACUAAUUCAGAAACUUACAGACACUGUGUUGGUCAAAGAAAACUAUGCCUAUGACCUGCGUUCAAUCUAUGGGACAUCAGUUUGCAAACCAUGCUCUUUGAGGUGGUAUGGUUUUGUUUAGGGAUGAAAUACAACCAGUGCAUGUCAGUUCUUGACCGUGAAACCUGAACAUUUUACCUCAUUUCUAUUCUGUAUUUUUGUAUGUUGAGCUUUGCAGCCAAACUAGAAAGCCCACAGCUUACCUUUUAUACUCUAACAAGCAAGACUAAACAAUAUUUGAAAUAAAAAAGGAAUAUAGCCAUUUUUUUUCUAGCACUAAUAAAGAUGGAAAUGUUUUUCAUUUGCUUCAAGUCAUUAAUUAGCUGACAAAGAAUGGGUAGAAAAUUUCAUUCAGUAUAGAACUCUGCUUGGAACUCUUAGUGUGGAAAAACAUGUAACUCUUAUUUUUAAAUCCUUAAAGAGUGUUAUGAAGGCACAUUGAGUAAAAAUGCAAAAUUAUUUUUUAAAAACAUAAAAUAAUGUAUUAUUAUGCUAUAAAUUGAUACUGGAGUUGAUAAAACAUUAAAA